GCUUUACACUGGUGGCAGGAAUGGCGGCUAAGAUUACUAGAGGAAGGAGCCCAAAUAAUCCAUGAAACUUUACUUCUAACAGCCCCGCUGAGGAAUUUGUUUCCAGCGAAACGCAGAAACACCAUCCCAUGACGGACUAAAGGGAGAACGAAGCGCUAUAACGUGAGAUAAACGCGGUUAGUUGUCCAGCUUUGAGAAGGUGGACGCACUUUGCUAGUUAGCUUAACGUUAACUGCCACUGACUUUGAUUCAAGGUAGCGGUUAGCUCGCAGUGCUGCUAGCCAGCUGUUGGCUACUUUUCUUGGCUGGCCCAACAAGUUAACUAAGUCAAUAACUGUAUGGAAACAUUCCUCAUUUUAGUAUUUGAGUGGUGAGUAGCUGUCAUUGUGAACAGAUAGUAUAGGGGGCUUUUACAGAGAGUGGGCUCAGACGACAACAGCGCGUUGAGAACACUAUUCCUGCUAACCUAGCUAGUGCUGGAAGGCUAGCUAAGUUUGAAGUCUCGCCCAUUUUUUUUUGGUCCUGCCCUAGCCAUUGGCUAAGGGCUAAUCAACAGCCAAGUAGCCCGGUUUUCAGGGUCGAUUGGUACUACGAUGGAAAGCUUAACGCUGACUGAUUACGAGCAGAAAUAUUACUCGGAUUUGUUCGUUUACUGCGACACGGACAAUACCAAAAAAGUGGCUUCCAAUGGGAGAGUUCUUGACCUUUUCCGGGCGGCCCAGCUACCCAGCGAAGUUGUCCUGCAGAUCACAGAGCUUUGUGGAGCCACUCGGCUGGGUCACUUCGGGCGGAGCCAGUUCUACAUCGCUCUGAAGCUCAUCGCCAUCGCCCAGUCCGGUCUGCCCCUGAGGGUCGAGAGCCUCAACUCGGUCAAAGACUUGCCGCUGCCCCGGUUCGUGCUGGGGAAGAACGAGGCGGAGGCGAGGCACGCAGCGCUGUACACGGACACGGACGGUCUGUUCCCGGCCUCCGCUGCUGCCGUGAUGCCCAGACCGCCUGGCUGGGUUAUCCAAAACAAGAAAGGUCCCCCAGCAUCCACUUCACUUCCUGUCCAUGAGGUCGUCCAGCCCCUGGCGCCAAGCAUAGAACCACAGCCUGAGCCAACGUCCCCGGUGGUCUCCCCUCACCAGUCUCCCCCCACCUCCCCUCAAUCGUGGAGGAAACACAAGCGUCAGGCCAGCGGAGGGAACGCAGACAGACAGCCGGCCGUUGCUCCAGCUGGAGCCGUGUGGACGCACUUCAGAGAAGCACAAGCAGCAGGUGCGGUGCCCGCUGAAGGGAUGUGGCCGUCUCACUCGCCCCCUCCUCCGGGUCAGGAGAGUUGGGUCAGUUUCACAGCGGACACGCCGCCAUCCAGCGCCAUCCCAGGAAUGCAUCCCUCAUCAGCCCAGGAAAGCACAACGAUACGAACGGUGGCCUCAGGAGCAACAGCCAAUGAGAUGCAGCGACAGACGAGCGGCUACGAUGAUCCGUGGAAGAUCACGGACGAGCAGAGACAGUAUUAUAUAAACCAGUUUAAAACCAUCCAGCCAGAUCUAAACGGCUUUAUACCUGGGUCGUCUGCAAAAGAGUUCUUUACCAAAUCAAAACUACCGAUUUUAGAGUUGUCACAUAUUUGGGAGCUGUCAGACUUCGAUAAAGACGGGGCGCUGACCCUGGAUGAAUUCUGUGCCGCCUUUCACCUGGUCGUGGCCAGGAAAAAUGGAUAUGACCUCCCUGAGAAGCUGCCUGAGAGCCUGAUGCCAAAGCUGAUUGACCUGGAUGACUCAGCAGAGGUCCCGGACCAGGCCGCGGACGUCGGGUACUCGGGCUCCCCGGUGGAGGUCACCCCCAACAAGUCUCCCUCCAUGCCUUCACUCAACCAGGCCUGGCCCGAGAUGAACCAGAACAGCGAGCAGUGGGAGACGUUUAGCGAGCGCUCCUCCAGCUCACAAACUCUGACCCAAUUUGACUCUAACAUUGCACCAGCUGACCCUACCACAACCACCCGACCAGUCCGCUGCUGUCUCAACCUCCAGAGCUGUCCGAGGAAGCCAGUCUAUCGACAUCCAUGUUUGUAGCGGCCAACGCUGUCGGUGAUGGCUACAGCAGUUCAGACUCCUACACCUCGGACCAGGAGCCAAUCACAAGACAAAGGUCUCUGUCGGGGACGUCUCCAGAAACUCUGAAGGUGGUAGCCCCCCCUCCGCCGCCCCCCCGCCCGCACCCCUCUCACUCUCGCUCCUCGUCUCUCGACAUGAAUCGCACCUUCGCCACCGUAACCGCUGCAGGACAACCGCCAUCUUUAGCCAUAACUUACCCGCCCGCUGUGCCUCCGAGACCCCUCCCCACACAGUCGUCAGCACCACACACCGGGCAUCGUUCGGAGGCUGAGGUUGUUCCAGGCGGCCCUGCGGCGCUCACCGCCUCCACCUCCCCCCAACAGAUUCCCCAGCAGCCCAAUUUCGCCGACUUCAGUCAGUUUCAGGCCUUCGCUGCGACUGACCAGCCUUCCAGCCUGCCGGAGGACGAUAUCCACAGUGAGCCAGGACAGGUGGAGAAGCCUUCAGAGGGCGCCGGCCCUUUAAGAACCGUGAAGAGUGACGGCCAAGUAGAUGAGAGAGUCCCAGCCACUGUCAGCUCUGCCAAAUGUUCCGGGUCUGGUCCGUUAGGCCCGCCUCCCAAACCUGUGCGCCGGAGGUUGAAAUCUGAAGACGAGCUGCGACCGGAGGACGAGGCACCCGGUCCGCAGAAAUCGAACGUCAUCGCUGCCGUCCUGGCCACUCAGCCCUCCAUCCCCAGGUCAGUUGGAAAAGACAAAAAGUCGAUUCAAGCUUCUAUCAGAAGAAACAAGGAGACGAACACAGUGUUAGCACGACUUAACAGUGAACUGCAGCAACAGCUGAAGGACCUGCUUGAAGAGAGGAUAUCCCUGGAAGUGCAGCUGGAGCAGCUCAGACCGUUCUCUCAUCUUUAACCAACGUGAGGAGGAAAACUCUGCUGUAGUUCAUCUGAAGCGAGGCUGUGCCCCUCGGUGUGACUCCCCCCCCCCCCCCCCCCCCCCUCCACCCUCCCCCCCCCCCUCCUCCUCCUCCUCUUCCUCCUCCCACCAUCUCAGCUUUCCCUGGAGGCUCCGGCCGGUUGCAGGGUGCUCAGUUAAAUCUCCUACGCUCCAUCACACACACAUUAAUCAUAAACCAGAAGCAACUGAGAGCACAGAUCCUCCAACAGGCGGAGGAGGAAGUGACAGGAGCGUCGGGGGGGGGGGAUUUACACAAACUGGCACUUUUCAAUUUUUCUCAAAAGAAAGUGAGGACGACUGAGACAUGAGUGGCGGACAAAACUGCGAGUGCCGUCUGAAGACAAAACUGCUGGUGUCUGAUCACUUUGUGAAUGACUGAAGAAGAAAGGUGUGUGAGAGUGACUGUGUGUGGCUGUGUUCCUGUUUAGUGAUUACUUGAAGCUAGCACCAAUGUGUUUAUUCUGUCUUGGGGUACGGACUCUACCACACCAAACUCCUUUUAAAAUCAGGCACAUUUUAAAGAGCAGUGUCGUGUUUUUGAGUAAUACUUCUUCACUAUUUUUUUUGUUAGAGAAGAUCCAUAUCAUUUAAAUGGAGUCUGUGAUUAGCUUAGCUUAGCAAAGGCUAGCUUUAAGGCUUUCAAAACAUCUACACCAGGAGUUUGGUGAGGUCUGUCUCCAUUAAAACAUACUGUGCUUCUUCUGAACAGGACUUUGUGUGUGUGUUUGUGUGAGGCCUUACACGGCUAAAUCAUUAUGGUGAAGGCUUUUUUUGUUUUAGUUUGACGCAUCCUGUGACAUUAAUUCAGCCCCUCCCUCUUCUUACUGCCCCCUUGAAGUGUGUGUGUGUGUCACAUGUUACACAGUGUUGGGUUUGAUGUGACUGAAUGGUUUAAACUUUAUGCCAAAUGACUGAACUCUGCUCUCUUGCCUCUGUCUGGGCUGUGUUUUUAAAAACAGAAAUGCAACCAUCUUUCCUUCUGGUUUCUCUUGUGUGUAAACAUCUCGGCUUUCUUUUUUAAACAUUUCAGUUGCUUUUUACCGUCUUUUUCUUUCACAUGGAUGGGAAACCAGUUCAAAACAGAUAUUCACUCGAACGGUAUGAAGAUUUUCCAGCUGCUUGACUGCAGGGGGCUAAAUGUAUGAAUAUUUUUUUCUUGUGAUCGGCAAACAAACACGCAUGCACAGAUCUAGAGUUACAGAUUUAAAAACUCAGCGGUUUUCUAAUCGGGCAGGCGGCACUAUGCAAGUACGGGCGAUACAUCCUCACAACUAUACUUAGCUGUUUGUACUAUGAUAGUAGCAACUGUGUGAGCAGUAUACUCUGGUUUUUGUAUCGUAGAUCUUCCAGAACACCAUUUACUGUACGUUUGUGAUUCAAUCGGCCUUUUUUCUUUCCCUCUGGAGCUUCCCCUCUCCCCCGGCUCCAGAGGGAAGUCCAGAUCAGUGUUUUAUCAGGGCACGUUCACCCUACAUGUGCGAGAUGUGACCAUGGCUGGGUGUAGACGAAGCUUACUACAGACGGAGACCAGUCGACAGAAAAGGAGACCUGAAUGACCCAACUGCACUUUGAACCUAAACCUCCUCCUUAUUUGUAUUUUUACUUGUUACAUCCCUCUUCCUGCUUUCUUUUAACUCUUGCAUGUUGUCCUUCAUGCGUAUUUAAAAGAAGAAGAAUAAUGAACCACUCGUUUUAUUUCUUCACCUUGGAAACUGUAAGGGUUUUUGUGCCAGUACCCUAAAAGUCUUGUUGGGUUAAUUAUUUUUUAUAAGUGUUUUGUCCCCGGAGCUUCCUGUGUGUCUGAAGAAUCUGUGUUCUUCUCAAAGCCUUACUCCCCGACUGGCGUUCAGGUUUCCUCUGUGGCUGACUGACCUCUCCUCCUUGUCCUAUCAAGGCUCGCCUUCUUUUUUCUGCUGUUGAGGACGAUGAUGUGUGUGUGUGUGUGUGUUAUAUAGUUUCCAGACCUGGAACUAAUACCAUUUGAAACUCUAUUAAAAUGCAGGAUUGAUUUAUGUUUGCUAGCACAACAGCUAACAUCCUUUAAACCCCCAAAGGCAAUCCAGACAGGCAGAAGCAAUCACCUCUUGAGUCUUUAAUGGGAUUUUGAAUUAUAUUUGCUCCCAGAUCUGUGUUGUAUAUUGUAUAUGAUACACACUUUUGGAUUCAUAUGUACAUUUGCAUUAAUUGCUGACUAACAGCGAAAGAAUAUUCUAUUUAAUUCCUUCUCUCUUGGCUGUGGGAUCCUAGAUGUUUAACUGCAUGGAUGUACUGUAUCUCUGCAGAGUCAACUAGCAGCUGUGUGAUUUUUACACAAAAAUAAAAACGGCACAAUAUUUUAAACGCU